AGAACGUAACCCGAUCGUUCAGUCUCAGCUGAGACGAGUGUUGUCGGGUCUUAACCCGCCUCCUCUGCUCUUCCUCUGCUGAACCGCAGAAUUUACUCUUCUAGGUUGCUUUCUUGUUCCUUGGCUUCCAGCGCACGCUGGACAGGUUUCGUACAUGGUUUAUUGCGUCCUGUGAGAUUAAUGGAUCCUCUCUCGCUAACAGCCUCCAUCGCGGGAAUUGCGAGCUUCUGCCUGCAGGCCGCAGUGUCUCUAGACCGGUUGAGCAGCAAGUUCCAAAAUGCGUCUGUGACUAUCACAGCUUUAGCAUCGCAGUGCCGCGCCAUCAAGACAGGGCUCUCGGAGCUGCAGACUCUGAUCUUACAGAACCACUCGAUUCACAGUCGACCCGACAUCAUUACGACCCUCGACAGCACGCUAACGAGCUGUCUGGUCGUGCUCACCUGCUUCGAUGAGAUGCUGAACAAACUCCAAGCAGCUGAUAUGCAGGCCGGCGCGGGGCGGAGCUUGAUGUCGAAAUGGAAAGCCAAGGCUCGCAUUGUGUGGAACGAGGACGAGAUGAAAUCGUAUCUCUCUUUGCUCCAAGGGCAGCAGUCUGCCGUGGCUUUCCUGGUUCAGAUUCUGCACAUGGAGUCGGUUGACGCAAUACUCGAAGGCGUCAAGAACGGCAAGGCAUUCCUCAACAAGCAAGCAGUCGAGGCAGAAUCUUUGCGGCAGGUGAAUCCGCAUCUUGACAUUGCCGAUUCGAUUCUCGAUUCCAGGCGGACUGCUAGAACCAUCUUCAAGAAUGGUGAUACACUAGCCGAGGGCGCUGAGUUUGAGUUUGACGAUGUAGUCAUCAACUCAAAGGCCUACCGCCGAGCCAUGGCCAUGGCCAGGAAGAUGGCCAAGGCAGACGCGGACUUCGCGGCCGAGCCGCAAGCAAGCCAACAACCAACAAAGCCCGAGCUCAUGGAGACCAUAGCCGAGGACACAAGCGACAAAUCAGAGACAGCCCUUGUUACCAACGCGACAUCCCCUAAAAGAGCCUCACCCCCCAACUGCGGCGAGAGCGUCAUGGUCAAUGACCGCGGCCCGAUUCCGGGCGAUCCUAUCUACUACAUAGACGUCACGAGGCGGAGUUUAAUGGAGACGCGAGUACUAUUCCCCGAGGACGAGGUAGCACUGCAACGGCACCUGGAAAGAAGCCCAGGAUACGAGGACGACAAAAAGAGGGCGUCUUGGGUGACACUGAUCUCGCACCUACAGGGGAUGGAACGGGAGAGCCGAGAAUGGCAGCAGCGGCGCUAUGAGAGGUUGACUCCUGCAGAGAACCUCGCUCCUGUCCGCUUCGGGGACCAUACCCUGGCCGUUGGCAUCCGGGUCAAGACGCGAAGCUGGGAUAGCAUGCCAGCUAGCAUCAAGAAGCCCUACGCGACUACGGCUAUAUGCCACGUGGUUGAGAUUGCCACUAUGAUGGGAGUAUACUGGAAGAAGUUUGAUCGAGUGAUGGAUCGAUACCGAGCCCAAGGGAACGGGUUCAUUCUUACGGGCACCAACGUCCACGAGCUCGGCGUUAUGUUCACGUUUCAAUUCUACGGCAGGGUCAGAUUCGGGGAGAACCGAGUGAUACCGGUAGACGAGGUCAAGGAUCUAUGCGGUGGAUGGCCGCCGAACCUGGCCCCCGACGAGGAGCGCCUGGCCCUUCUGAAUCUGUGGCUCGGGAGUAGACGCGAUCUCUUCAACACGAUGGUUCGAAUUGGCUGCAACACUAACAUCGCCAACCUCUUCCAAUCCAAGGACUCAAAUCUUAACCAUCUCUUUCCAGUUCCCUUCGAGCUCGUGGGUAUGCUAGUCAGAACGCUCCACAUCCGCAAUAGUGCUUUCCGAAUGCUUCCCAAUCCGACGCCGUACCGCUGGAACAAGGAGCUUUUCAAUCUCGAUAGGAUGGUUAGAGAGUAUUUAAAGAGGAUUUCUGACUAUGAUGCUUACAUUCCGCAAGAUCCUCAGAUCUUACGGUUGGUGGAGGAAGCUGAGAUGGUAGUGCGGACUCUGGAAUUGGAAAAGUCCGAUACGCCGGGCUCCUCCAUACCGCUUCUUAACGCGCUACACGACGUCCUCGACAAAUGCGACGUAUUUCUUUCCGAGAACGACCGGAAUCUCGUCCAUAUGGUUAUCCGGGAACAUUUCCAGGAACUUCUCGGGCUACUAAACGACAACAAGAAUGGAGCCGGUCGCAAUGCCCAGCAAAGAGCAGGGCCGUUUGCGGAGCAUUUUGAUGAUCUGAUGACCGACAGUCCAGAGUUGCGCGAGGCAGCAUUCAUGGAGCUGUACUUCAAGCUUCUGCGCCAUGUCAGGCAAGGGGCCGUAAUCUCCUACGUACGGCAACGGACGACGCAGCACGCACCAUCAGUACAUUCGCAGGAUAUCAUCCACGAGGCCAAGGAUGAAGCGGCAUUGCUCUCGGACCGGGCUGACCAGUCCCAAGACGAGUAUGUCACUACACUGGUGUCUCAGGCGUCGGCCAUCUGGUGCACGCUUAUUUUGGGGAUGAUCAGCUGGUUGUUAUUGCACGAUUUCCACCCGGCGAAUGUGCAGAUGGUGGGGGCCGAAGUGCAGGGGAUGCAGCAGACCGUGUACAUUACCUAGGGCCCGGCAGUGCCCGGCGGGUUACACCUUGCCUGCACGUAUGUAUUCAUGUACAGCAAGGCACACAGACAACUCCGG